GGGAGAGGCUUGUGUAAAUGAGGAUGACAGUGCUUCUAUUCGUGGCCGUCUCCUCGCUGGCGGGAGUAUGCCUCGGUGCCACACCAUUAUCGGCCGUCGAUGAUUUUGGAGGAAAAUUCCAGGGGCACUUCAAGAUCCCCAUCAAGGAAUCCGUCGACGGCUGGGAAGUGACAAUGACGUUCUCAGCUGCUGUCACAGGCCUCACGGAAUGGAUGGGUGACACCGUGGUGGUCAAGGACAGCGGUAGAGUAUGGGUUAUCGUUAACAAAGAGCAUACGGGUAUCUUAAAGUCUGGAAAUACUCUGGACAUUACGGUGCAGGCUAGUUACUCUGGCACCAAAGCUCCCACGGGAUCUGCUGUUCUGAGGAACCUAGGCAAAGAUACUCAGACGGUCCCCCCUCACCACCACUCGUCUGGUAAAUACGAUUAUGACGAUGUCCUAUACAAAUCCCUGCUGUUCUACGAAGCCCAAAGAUCGGGCAAAUUACCGUCAACGAACCACAUCCCCUGGCGCCAUGAUUCGGCUACUCACGAUCGAGGUUCUAAGGGAGAGGACUUAACUGGAGGCUGGUAUGAUGCUGGCGAUCACGUGAAAUUUGGUCUACCAAUGGCGUACUCCGUUACAAUUUUGGCAUGGGGAUUGAUCCAAUGGGGAGAUGCCUAUAAAAGCGCCGGCCUGACUAGUGCUAUGUAUGAUUGCAUCCGCUGGCCUUUGGACUACCUACUGAAAGCACAUACUGGCCCCACGGAACUUUACGUUCAGGUUGGUGACGGCGGCAAAGAUCAUGCUUACUGGGGACGGCCAGAAAACAUGACCAUGGAAAGACCAGCAUUCAAAGUGACUGCAAGUAGUCCCGGAAGUGACGUUGUCGGAGAAACCGCGGCAGCUUUUGCAGCCAGCUCGAUUGCGUUCCGUCGUGUAGACGCAACGUAUUCCGCCAAACUUUUACAACACGCCAAGCAGCUGUACGAGUUUGCGGACAAACACAGAGAGAUUUACAGCAUAAGUGUACAGGCUGCAGCCGCUUACUACAGAUCUAUGGGCUACAAGGACGAGUUGGGGUGGUCUGCUGCCUGGUUAUAUCAAGCUACUGGUGACCAAAAGUACCUGACAGCCGCGGAAUCGUACCAUAGUGAUUUAUCCGGCUUUGCGUGGGGUCUGUCAUGGGAUGACAAGCAGGCGGGAUAUCAGAUUUUGAUGUAUAACGCCACCAAGAAAGCUACGUACAAGGACGACAUCUUGGCGACUUUCAAGUACUGGAUGCCUGGUGGGACCAUUCCAUACUCGCCAAAGGGCAUGGCGUUCAGACUUCAGUGGGGCCCACUCAGGUAUUCCUCAAACAUGGCGUUCAUUGCACUGAUGGCGGCUGACUUAGGCGUGAACCCUGCAGAGUACCGCAAGUGGGCCAAGGGUCAAAUCCACUACGCACUUGGAGAUUCCGGGCGCAGUUACGUGGUCGGAUUCGGAAAUAAUUACCCUAAACGUCCCCAUCACCGUGCCAGGCCUAAUUAUUUGAAGAAACAUCUGGACAGGAAGUCAGCAUGGGCUGGAGUUGAACUUAUAGCGACUGCAUUGGUGAGAGUCACCUGA